AUGGCGGGAAUGGAGGAAUUGGAGAUACACAGCAAGUCAUACCUCGUCCGCUGGAUAAACGUCAGCUCCGAGCAUACCAUCUCUUGGAGCAUUCAGCCUCACAAAAAAUCGCUCAAUUUCGGAAUCUUCAAACACCCCGGCGCGUCAGGACUGGCAGUCAACAGUUCGGCGUCCACCUACUCCAACAAUGCCGGCAGCGAUAUUAAUGACCUCACGAAAGAGAAUGUCGCGGCCAAACCCGCCGACUCUUCCCUCCUCAUCACCGAGAAGCUGAAAGGCGUAGGCUUGAAGCCCAUCGAAUGGAUAGGGAAAUGCGAGGCAGACAAGAUAUCCCAGGGGACCUACGAUGUUGCCUCCAACGAGGGCGGGAACUAUGCUCUUGUCUUCGAUAACACAUUCUCUAAACAAAUCUCAAAGACAGUCACGUUCGUACUGCUCACCUAUGCAACCAGCUGCCCUCCUCGGUCAGGUCAUCAGGUACACCACACCCAGGCUGUAGCAGGCUCGAUCGGAUCCCUGGCAUCAUCGCGUCCAAGCCCUAAGCUCACCGCGGCCGACUCGACUGAACCAGAGUCCAAAGCGCGAAUUCAACGAGGCCGCCCAGGGUUUGGUGCUGCGGGUGCCGGAAACUCGAAUGGCCCGCCGCGGACAGCUGACUCGUCUGCCAGCGGUGCUCCGCCUGUACACACAGGUAUUCUGCAGAAGAGGCGUCGUAAGCGGCAUCAGGGAUACGCCAGACGGUUCUUCUCGCUAGACUUCAACUCUUCCACGCUUUCGUACUAUCAUGAUCGCAACUCUUCUGCGUUGCGGGGUGCCAUCCCGCUAUCUUUGGCUGCCAUUGCCACAAACGACAGCACUAGGGAAAUAUCAAUCGAUUCCGGUGUGGAGAUCUGGCAUCUUCGUGCGCUUAACAAUCCGGAGUUUGACGUGUGGAGAGAGGCUCUAGAGAAGGCUUCGAAACAGCAGGAUAAGGAUCAGGACGAUGGCACGCUCAAGGUGCCCACCCUGAUAACGAGAAAACAUAGCCAGAUCAAACCCAAGUCUCAGGACUGGAAGGAUAUUGAGAGAUUGGUUGGGUCAGUAACCGCCUCCAGGGACAAGGUACGCCAGCUAGCAAAGGACACCGAUCCAAAGUACCUCCUCACGCCUGGUGCCGAGUAUGACGCGCAGAGUCCAUCAAACGGUGUUCGCCGUGUCUCACAGCCGACCGGAGAGGCCUCUGAAAGCAAGGAGAAGCGGUCAUUCUGGAAACUGAAGGGUAAAGGCGAUAGCGGUAAUAGUACUCCUACCCAACGACCAGCUCUAUCGCCCUUGGGGACGCAACAGACCCCACCACUUAGCAGCGAAAGCUCCCUUCUCGAUACCGGCUCUUUUAAAACUGCCACUGGCCCUGGUGUCCAUGAAGACUUGAUGUCGCUGCUCCGCGACCUAAACUCGGUUGUCUCAGAGUUUAACACCUUAAUACACGAUCGAACCCGCUCGCGAACCCCAGUUGCAUCACGAUCUUCCCAUUCGCUUGUAACCCCUGAAUCUGACUCGGAGGAAUUUUUCGACGCCACGGACGGCGGACACAUCUCGCCCUUGUUGACAAUCCACCGUGAUAGCGGCGAGGAGGACGCAAAGAGCGCUAUAACAGCCGUGGAUGAUGACGCUGCUUCGUCUUCUGGCAGUGACGCGGAUGAUAGGGACGAAUUCUUGCGAGGGGACUUCAAACUGGAUGGCUCAUCAUCACUCUUCCCAGUAAAAGCUCGAUCUCUCACGCCAUUGCCAAUGGAUGCACCGCAUCGUCGCUCCAAAAUCGAUCCCCCAAUCGGACUACCGCCAAGUUUGAUCAGUUUUAUGCGUAAAAAUGUCGGCAAGGAUCUGUCUACCAUUUCAAUGCCUGUGUCUGCAAACGAGCCCAUCUCGUUACUCCAGCGUGCAGCAGAGCAGUUUGAAUAUUCCCAACUCCUCGACAAGGCAGCUAAUGCUACUGAUGCCUUGGAACGACUGAUAUAUGUAACUGCCUUUGCCUUGUCGCCGUUUUCCAAUUCGCGAAUCAGAGAACGAACUAUUCGCAAACCUUUCAACCCCAUGCUAGGCGAGACAUAUGAACUCGUCCUUCCAGAACGGGGAUUCCGGUUCCUUGCUGAAAAGGUUUCUCAUCGUCCAGUGCAGCUAGCAGUGCAGGCAGACUCCCGCGACUGGAGUUUCAUCCAAUCACCCAAACCCACGCAGAAAUUUUGGGGCAAGUCUGUGGAAAUUAUCACAGAGGGCAAGUCCCGGUUGACCCUUCACUCCAGUGGUGAGCAUUUCAGCUGGGCCUCGGGUACCCAAUUCCUCCGCAAUAUCAUUGCUGGGGAGAAAUAUGUUGAACCCGUUGGCGAGAUGUGUAUGCUCAACGAAACAACCGGCCAGAAGACAAUUGCUACAUUCAAAGCCGGUGGAAUGUUCUCAGGCCGUAGCGAAGAAGUCACGGUCAAAGCCUACGACACACAUGGUGAAGAACUACCUCUCGGCCUGCAAGGAAACUGGACCACAUCUCUCCAGCUUACUGAACACGGCACCCUGACGAACAAGACGAUAUGGGCUGCCGGUCCCCUUGUUGAUAAACCGCAGAAACACUAUGGUCUGACUGAAUUCGCCGUGGGACUGAACGAAAUCACAGCUGUCGAACGAGGAAAAAUACCACAGACGGAUAGUCGACUACGUCCUGACCAGCGUGCCUUGGAAGAAGGCGAUGUUGACGGUGCAGAGGACCUCAAAGCGCGACUAGAAGAAGCCCAGCGCCAGCGAAGAAAAGAGAUGGAACAAAACUGCGAGUCAUGGCAGCCCAGAUGGUUCACGCCGGUCGAUGAUGUCUCGGAAGAGGGUGAUGAUAUUUGGAAGCUUCGCACGGGCAAGGACGGGUACUGGGAAGAGAGGGCUAGAGGGGAGUGGACGGGGGUCACUCCGAUUUUCCAACUAUAA